AUGGAGAAAAUGUUAGAAAGCGCAAUGCGUGGUGUGGAAGAUGUCGUUCCCAAGGUUACCAAAAGAACAUCCGAAGAGGAGGCAACGUUCGUGCGGUUGGAGAAGAAGAAAGAGGGAGAAAAUAAGGAGAAGGUUGCAGACGAGGAAGACAAUGACAACGACAGCAAAGAGGAAGAAGAGCCGGAACCUGUUCAGAAGAAGUCGAAACCACAAGAAAAUGUAAAGUCGGAACCGCCAGAUAAUGACGAUGUGGACUGGAGCUAUUAUAGAUCACGGAACCAGGAAGAAUGGAGUGGCCGUCCUCCUCCAUACGAUCCUCCAUACUCAGAGUACUACCCUACUUCACACAGAAGGCCUUACGGAUAUAGGGGGUAUUAUGGGGGCGGAGGCCCUUAUCAGCGAAGACCAUACUAUGACAGACGUCGUUACUAUUGGAAUUAA